GCGAAAACUUUUUUAAGUCAAAAAUUAAACGACCCCCUGGUGAACAACAAAAGCUGCGGUAUUGCUUCUAUGCCGGAAACCCCGCGGCGGCACUACCUCCCCGCGGCCUCACCCGGGUCGCCACAGAUAUCCUCCCCGAUGUCGAAUUCGCCGCUGAUUCUACCGACCAAUGACGCGGAUUACGGUCUGAUCCACGUCUACCGCGGGGACGAGUGGACCUUCAAUGUGCCCAACAACCGCUACGAAAACGAGCUAUUUCAGUCCCUCAACGUCGACCGUACGCGGUUUGAGAACCUGCUCCGCAGCUGGAACUACACCCCAUCGGAGGAUUUGUCUGGAGCGAAUUCCCUGGUCACCAGCAGUUCGGAGCUGUCGCCCCGGGCAUAUCCUACAGAAAAAAGCUAGAAGCACAACAUGCUACGUAGCAAGAGCAGCGUGCUAUGGCUAUGGGCCCGCCCAUGACAGAUUUUCUUUGCUGUGUGUUUAUUUUUGCAUAAUGUGGAGGUGCUCUAGCCUUUUUUCUGUUGGAUAAAACCGUGAACACGCAGAUGAACUACGGGUCGCAGAUCCGGCAGGUGUCCCGCUCGGUCGGGCAGCACAGUGGUACGAAAGAAUACACGAGCAGCACGGGGAACCCACAAGGACCGUCCACGAAGAAGGUUUCCACCGCGGAAAGCUACUUCUACAUUCUCUAUUCGUCCGUGAUUUUCAUCGUCACCUUCAUCCCGUUUCUGUGCCGAACCAUCGUGACCGAGUGCUACAAGUUUAUCAAGCGACCGGUGAAGAAGUUCUGGCUGCAUCUGUUCUACGUGGAAAUCGCGAACAUCCAUCCGCUAUGUAUUGCAAAAGUAUCGUACUCGUGGUAAAAAUUGCAGUUAUGCAUUACAAAUCUUUUUCCUAACGUCAAUCAGCAUCACAAAUUCCAGUUCUCAUGCUGAGGAAAUUUGUAAUGCAAUUCAUACUAGAAGUGCGAUGCUUGUGCAAUUCAUAUCCGCAGCACGGCGGGCGGAAUCGUGGGUACAGCACGGCUUCGAAUCGCUCCAGCAACCGGUACUCGUACAAUUCCGUCGGCUCCGUUUCAGAGGAUAGCAACUACGCAUUAUCCUGUGCAAAAGUAUCGUACUCGUAUAAAUGCAAGUCUUGCAUUACAAAUGUUUUUCUUAAGGCAAAACCGCAUUACAAGUUUUAUUUCUCACGCUGGGAAAAUUUGUAAUGCAUUUAUACGAGUACGACACUUUUUGCAAUUCAUACGCAUCCCCCUUCACCAACUCCCCGGACGCGCGGGAAGAGUACCUCCAGAAGCAUAUCACAAUGAAAAAUGCACCCACCCCGAAAGUUGCCAUAAGUUGUGAUGCGAAGUUUCCAAAUGAAAACUUUUUGUCUUGCAUGAAAGCACUAUGAAUCUUUGUGAUGCAGAGUCUAGUCGUAUACAGCAUCGCUUGAAUGACAAGCGCCGCCCUUUCUGGGAUCUUUUGCAAUACAAAUUUUUGCUAUUCAGCAUGGCGAAUUUGUGAUGCUGGUAUAUGCAAGACGGGGAUUGUUUUCAUUGGAAAGGUUUGCAAUACACGUGAAAAUGCUGCCAGCUUCUGGGAUGGGGGCGCUUUUGAUUGUAACAAAACAGCAGGGGAAAAAUAAACGGGUGUUUCGGUUCCCGAGACUUUACUUCUGGCUGAUUCAGAUUACUCUCAACCCAUUGUUCUGGACGCAGUGGAUCUUGACCUUCAUUCGGUACCUGCAGGGGAUCGUCAUCGUCGGGAUUUGCGUUUUUCCCGGGGGUAUCCUGAGCAUGAAGCAAGUAUAAUUUCGUACUGCAGGAGUCUGGCAUGUUGACUACAGAGCCAUGCUAUCUUACCUGAAAUAAAAUGUCGCGCAUGAGAAAAUCCAUUUUUGCAACUAUGUCGAGAAUUUUCUUGUCAUGCAAUUUUAUCAUAGCAGUGCAAUUAUACUUUAUUUGCUUUUGCAAUGCAUAGCUAUCAUUUGGGUGUGGUGGAGGUACGUGUACGGCGGAAGGAAGCUGAUCGGUGGUGGACCACAGGGUAAAAGCUUUUCAUCCGGAUCCACCGGUGAGAACAACUCGUACAAGAAUUUCCGCUACACGGAGACCUUCCAGUACGGAAAGCACAGCCGGAAUGUGUUGGAAGUUUUCUACCCGCUGAACCUGACGGAAAAGGACUUGCAAAAUCCGAACUACAAGCUAUCAUUUGUAAAAACGUCCCCACCCCAGAGUUGUAAUGCAUAUCUGCAUGCUGAAAAUAUUUCUCAUGGGAUACCCAUGAGAAGCAAUUUCUAGUGGUGUUUUGAUAUUUGUGAUGCUUAAGUCUGCAUGUUGUGCUGAAUCUGUGAUGCUGCUGCACUAGCUAAGCGCCACUACAUUGCGAGCCCAAAUUUGUCGUGCGCAACAGCCAAAGCCUGGUGAUUUGUCUAGCAGAUUUCCCAUCCUGACUCUGGUGUGGGGACGUUUUUGCUCAGCAUACAAGCUUCCGCUCGUCAUCGUCGUGACUGGCGGCGCGUGGACGAUCGGCCAUCGGUACUGGUGUGCAGCGUUGAGCGGACACCUAGCGGAGAGCGGGAAGGUGGUCUCGAUUUCCAUCGACUACCGGAAUUUUCCAUUCGCCACCUUCCGCGAGAUGGUUGACGACGUUUUGCAGGCGCUGCGGUGGGUGAAGCAGAACAUCCCCAACAGCAACAACCCGAGUUGUUGUUCCAAUGCGAGCUUGAAACAGCAACAAGUGGGCGGCGGGGGUGGUGAUCAUUCGGCAGCUGCUGGUAGUACACAUCAGCUGGACCAUAAACCGAAGCUAUUGCCCAUCAUCGAUCCGAACGAAAUUACUCUGUGUGGCCAGUCUGCCGGCGCGCACCUGGCUCUGCUCGCCCUCCUGGGUACCGACGAGUUUAAGUUUGCGAACUUUUUCGGGUGGUCGGGUGUGUACGAUUUGCCGGGUUUGCAGGAUCAAAUGCAAACAUGUCUGGGUCUGGAAGAGUGGAACUUGUAAUGCUGUCUGCGGAUUCUAAAAAUAUCUGUGUUGCAUGAGCAGUAAGAGGAGUCAGCUCUUGGCACGCGGAGAGGGCAUUUGUCAUGCGUAAUUAGCAUCAAGAAGCUCUCAAAAAAUCUGUGAUGCUAGCACCAGCAUCACAGACCUGAUGGGUCAUGCAAAAUGUGCAUGACAAGCCCCGACUCUUCCAGACCCAGACAUAUUUGCAGUUCAUAUGCAGGAUCACCUCGCGAAGGCGGCGAUCCCCGCGGAAAUCAUCCAAAUGUUCGCCGGGGUGGAGGAGAUAUCAAAUGCAAAUAUGUAGUCUGGGUCGGGAACGAGAGUGCAACUUGUGAUGCUGCCUGUGGAGUGAAAAAGAAAUGUGCAUUGCAUGAGCAGUAAGAGGAGUUGACUUCCAGUUUUUGCUACUUACGCAGAGAGUGUAUUUGUCAUUCGGGACGAUCAUACGCAUGAAGAAGUCCGCAAAAACUCUGUGGUGCUAGGGCAUGCAUCACAGACAAACCUUGGGUCAUGCGAAAUGUGCAUGACAAGCCUUGCAAUCUUAGUGUGCAGACCACAUGUUUGCAAUGCAUAGGAGAAAAUCGAAGAGCAUUCCCCGCUGCAGCUCCUGGCAAGACACCCCCUCCUGUUCGAGCGGCUGCCGCGGAGGCGGAUUCGGCUCUUUCACGGGAUCCACGACGUGACCUCGCCGAACGAACAGUCGGUUUAUCUAGCAGAGUUGCUGCGACACCGGCUCCGGGAGAAUCACCUGACGAACUUGAGUUACGUGAGCCAGAACUUGACUGCCUCGAGUCCAAAUUUGGUGAAAAGCGAGGACCCCGAGGAACUCAGUCCGGGGGGAGACACGGGAGGUACAAAAGCAAGUAGUAGCUUUUGUGUUGCAAGGUCGUGUAGGACAAGGAUGUUGCAGUUCUUAACGCCCCCGAUAAUUAUAUUCAUUGUGGGGCACUUCUGUGCAUGGCAACAAACAAGCUCCCCACAUUAGCAACAUAAUUUCGAUUUGAAAAUCAGGUUCCAAGUUUCUCGACGAAACUGAUGACAGCAAGUUCAACUCCAGCGCCGGCGCGUUGGGUGGUUCGACGUCGCACUCGAUGGUGAGUUUGAACCCACGAAAGGUGGAUUUAUGGAUUGCAAAAAUGUCUGGGUCUGGAAGGUUGGAACUUGUGAUGCUAACUUUGGACUCUAAAAAAUUCUGUAUUGCAUGACCAGCAAAAGAAGUCCGGUUUGUGCUACGCGUGUAGGGCAUUUGUCAUGCGGAAUAGGUACCAGGAUGGCCUCUAAAGAUCUGUGAUGCUAGGGCUUCCAUGACAGACAUUCUGUGUCAUGCAAAAACAGCAUAACAAGUUUCGGAUUCUUCCAGGCCCAGACACUUUUACAUUUGAUAGGAUUUGAUCUUGUCUGAUACCUACGACACCCACACAAAAACGGUUAUCAAAAGGAAAUAUGCGCCCUUCCCAUAUGGUCGAAAAGGAAACUUGUGAUGCUGGGUUUGCGUACACAAAUCAGAUUUGUCUUGCCUAUAGGUUAAUGGGAGUAUUGUGGCGCAUUCUACAGCGAGUCUGUCAUGCGCUUUCGACUACUGCAAACCUGUUUGCCAUGCUUCAUCGCUAGCCUUCUGCAUACUCGAACAGGCUUGGAAAAUAUCGAGAAGCAUUUUCUGCAAGAGUAAUCCGAUUUGUGGCCACAGAUCAGCAUCACAAAUUUCCAUUUUGAUAUGGGGAGGGGGCAUUUUUCCACACAAAAACGGUCGUGGAGUACCCUCUGCGGGGCGAGGAUCCGGUGGCCAAGCAGGUGUUGCUCCUGGCGGGGGUGUAUGAACUGCAAAUAUGUCUGGGUCUGGAAGUUUGUCAUGAAGACAUCUCCUAGUUCUCAAAUCUGUGUUGCGUGAGCGCGAAGAGGCUCUCUUGCAUGUCAUGCAAAAACGCAGUUUGUCAUGCGGAAUACGCAACACCUAGCAGCCCGCAAAAGUUGUCAUGCUUGGCUGCGUAUUGCAGUGAGAAUAUCAUGCAUUUUUAGCAUUACAAGUUUCCAGACCCAGACAUAUUUGCAAAGCAUAGGGUGUCGAAGCAGGAGGUCGACAAACUGCGGUUCACAAGGUGCACGUAUUUUCAAACCGACUGCGCCCUGAACAUCGCUUCCAGGUGCACGCCGUUCUGAGAAGAAUUUGACAGAAUGCUGGGUUACGACGAGAUAAGUCUUGUAGUUGUAGAAUGCAGUUAUAAAGAACUACACUGGCACUACUGCUCUAUGUGAAAAUGUAUAUUUUCCACAUUUACGUUUUUCUCUUUCUCGAGGUGCUUGCGAUAAUUCUCGAGUCUGUCCUUAUUUUCCAUAACACGCUAGCACAGUUCAUUUUCCUGCUGUGUGUGAAAGCUACAACUUGCGGCAAGCGUCUUCUUUCCGGUUGUGGUGCCAGAUCGGUGGCACAGCGGGAAAAUGGCGAACAGCUUCUUUUUUCUUUUACAAUGCAGAGCCUUACUAGCACCUCCAGUUUUAUUUCGAACAAUGCCUCCACUACCUUUAUUUCAUGUUGGAUCUCCAAUAAAAAUGUACCUUUAUUAAGCAAAAGAAUCAAGCUGCCUACUAACAGCGGCGUUAAAUUGCAGUAGUAAUUGUACGAUUGUUUGCAUUCCAUUUCCGUUUGCCCUCGUAGUUGAGCCACAGAAAAGGGGUAAACUUCUACCUGCACCUCAUUCUCCAUAAAAAUGAAUGCCUCUCCGAAUCUUUACCUAGAGCGCAUCGGAGUUGUGCUGGCUCGCCCCGUGCAACAUCGCUGCGCCUUCUACAGGAAAUCAUUCGCAUAGUCUUAUCGAACAAAGCGCGGCGUAGUUUCCGUGAAAAGUGUCUGAAGUAGAGUUUGCAAAAGCUGUUCAAUAUCAAAGCCCAGAUCAUUUUUUUCUUGCAGCAGCGUUUUACAGCGCAGCGACUAGAUCUUUCUUACAUGCAGCAGCAUCGAGUCGGUACUACUUGUGUUGCGGAACAACUUCUACGAGCAACACACAAUGAUAUUGACAUUUUGCGAAAAUCCAAAGCCGCGUGUCAAAUUGGAGCAAAGAAGUUGUAGUG